UACAUAUAACUUUCCCUAACAUUAAUGAAUUGAGUCUUCCAUCAGGUUUGAUUCGCAUGCGGUUGCUAGGAGGUUAUAUCCACCAUUAAUUUAACUCUCAGAAAUCACAGAUACACAUGACUGUUUUCUGCACAGUUAAUAAAGAGAAAAAGGAUUAAUAUAAGAUGGGUGAUGACGAAAAUAAAUUACAUAGUGCUGCAUGAUUUAUAUGGGUUUUAGGGUCUGAUCACUGAUGUUGUGUUGGUUGAAAUAAUUAUGCAGGCGCGUGCGGGAAAUUUGGCAAAUAAAGGGAGGCAGGCAAGGCAAGAGGGACAAUCUUAAAAUAUAAUAUAACAUCUUUGCCCACGGUUGAGACAAUGACCCUAAACCCCCCGUCUUUCUCGGGCUCUUUUCUUCAAUGAUUCACCAUCACAUGGAUCCUCCUCUGGACAAAACUGUGCCUGACAAGCUGAGUCUUUCACAGGUAUAACCCACUACUCAUCGACUCCACUCAACUGGCCAGUACCCUUGAAAAAUGAAUGAAGUAAAGGCGGAAAGAUCAAGGCAGUGUGAGCUAUAAAUACAGGGCAGACAGAUCUUAUAUAUAAAUUAUAUAGCUCGAUCUUUCUUCAUUAUAAUGGCAGAUAGCUCGAUCCCAGCCAGGUCAUCUUCACCAGAUAAACCCUCUUCGUCGUUGAAGCUAUUUGGUUUUUCACUAACUGAUCAGCCAGACGAAGUUUUAGAGAAAGCUGAAGGUUUUGGAGAAAGCAGGAAAUUCGAGUGUCCAUUUUGCCACCGAGUAUUUGCCAACUCUCAAGCACUAGGGGGUCACCAAAAUGCUCACAAGAGAGAGCGUCAGAAAGCUAGGCGUGCCCAGUUUCACAGCCAACAGCGCCUCAUAGCAUCCGCACCUGUUUUAAGCUCCCACUCCUUAAGGCCCACGUUUCCCAGAGGCUUCACUGGCAACGCUGCUGCUAAAAUUGUAUCGCAACCAUUUUAUUGUCCAUCACGCCCAUUGUUGCUCCCCUCCACUCCUACUCAGUACCCUCCUCGAAUUUACGUAGCACAGCCACUGCAUUUUGCCACAGCAGCACCCGCAUUAACUGAUUUUUCUGAUCAAUUACCCGAGGCUGACAUAGGCCUCGAUCUUCAUCUUAAACUUUCUCCUUCAGGUUGUUAGAUCCUAUAACCUCUCUCUUUCUCUCUCUCUCUCUCUCUCUCUUUCUCUCUCUCUCUCUCUAUAUAUAUAUCUGCUUUUGUAUUUUCCUCUCUUUGGUUAAAUUUGUCUUGGAACGUGUUAUAUCUUUCAUUGAAACAUCUUCCAAUGUAUUUAAGAGUUUAAUUUUCCGGGCAAUUCUAGUCUUCAAGCUCUCUUAUGCCGCAGAUGAUAUGAUGUAAAACAAUUGAGGGUUAUUAAGUAAAUGACAGAAUUUGGUGUAUUUAGCAGAGAUUAAGAAUGUUAAGGGGGACAACAUGACAAAGGAGGCAUCAUUUCAGCAUUGAAAAUGAACUUGUGACUAAGAUGUGAACUCAUGAGGAGUAGGAUAUAUUUAGGAUUCAAAAUCAAUUGUCUUACGCAAUUGCAUUGACUAGUUGAAUUGUAUAUCUGUGUUCAAUAUUCAUGUAGGUAGGCACUUGAUAGCUAGCGAAAAUACUAGCUGAGAAUUUAGAAUAAUAAAACCCGCAGAGUAACUUUUGCUGCAUUCAUUACAAAUUCAACAGAAAAUGGAACAAGAUAUUUCAUUUAAUAA